AUGAAUAGCCUGUCCUCUCGAUGCGGAAGUUUAUCCCCACAGUGGAAUGACGCAGUACGACAACUGCUUGUCGGUCACCUCUAUCCCUUGGAUCCAGCAAUCUCCCAUUUCGUUCCAAACCAUGCCAGGUCUGAGAUUUUACACUCCACCAGCGCAGAUCAUUUUCCGCCCUCCGUCUGGCGACAGCUUACCCACAAGCUCCGUGGCUCCCUAGAUUACCAUGGCCAAUUCUGGUGGCUUACAGCAGGCUACCUGCUGGCAGCACUGCUCCAUGAUGCAGGGUACUCCAAAAACGCCCAGCAGGUCAUUUUGACCUUCUACGGUCACAAUAUUGCCCCAUUCCUCGGUGUCGCCAACGCAUACGGCGCACACAGAUGGAAGAGCUUCAUGACCGACGACCAUAAUCCAAUCGAGCUCAGCUGGGACUGGCACACGGGCAACAAGCGCCCUACAAUCCGGUUCUCUAUUGAGCCCGUGGGCUUACAGGCCGGUGGGAAGGGAGACCCCGACAAUUCAUCCGCUGACACGCAUUUCCGGGAGACGUUGGUCCGGGCGUUACCCAGCAUGAACUUGGAGUGGUUUGACCAUUUUCAUCAUAUUCUAGCCCCGAACAAAUCUCCAGGGGGUUGCAUGGAGGGCCACCCGUCGAAGAUCUUUUACGCUUUUGACUUGGGGGAAAGAGACAUCAUCAGCAAGGCGUACUUCUUCCCCGGAUUCAAAGCUCGGGCGGUGAAUCAAAGUAAUCUGCAGGUCCUCGCGGAGGCCAUUCGGACAGCGCCACAUUGCACCGAUGAUCAACAGCUUCUUGCGUUCAGAGUAUUCGAGGAUUUUGUGGUUGAGGAGGCCACGCCUUCGGUGGAGAUGGAUAUGCUAGCUAUCGACAUGAUCUGCCCCGCCCAGUCACGGCUGAAAGUCUACUUUCGCAAUCGACAGACCAGCUUUGACUCCGUCCGUCAAACAGUAACAAUGGGUGGCCGUCUUUAUACCUCUUCCUUGGAGGUGGGCUUGCAGAAUCUGCGGAGGCUGUGGGACGGAGUGCUAGGGCAGGACGGCGUCUCUGAUGAUGCCCCACUGCCAGGAUUAAACCAUCGCACUGCGGGGAUUCUGUAUAACAUGGCGUUCUGCCUUGGAAGCAAACUCCCCACUGUCAAGGUUUACAUCCCAGUCAGACACUAUGCUCGCAGUGACUGGCAGGUUGUCACCGCGUUGAGGGAGUAUAUGUAUGGGGGUAAUGGUCAGACGAAGACGUCAGAAACCGCGGCAUACAACAAUGCUAUGCGCUCAGUAUUUCAUGAGAAUGCGCUGGAAACACAACGAGGUCUUCACACCUACAUUGGCUGUUCAAUCCAGCCGGGAGGUGACUUACGCGUGGUGUCCUAUAUCAAUGCACAGGCUGAGAAGUUUAAGACACGAUAAGCACUCGAUCACGAUGUAGCAGAACAUGGCUAAAUAGAUCCUGUAUGGCUGAUUAUGAAUUGAUAGACAACAAAUAUCAGACCAGCGGAGAGGACAUGGAAUUAUUCAC